AUGAGCAAGGAAAACGUAAUUGCUGACAGUUGGGAAGAUGCGGACGCAGACCCAGCAAGAGAAUUAAUGGAAAAAUUUGAGAAGGUAAAACUUCUUCAACGAAAUGAAGAAAAAAAGGAAGCGUAUUUCGAGAAAGUGAAAGCAGAAGGAAACAGCGGUGCUGUUCCGAAACUGCAAACUGAAGAAGGACUUGGACCUUCGGUGGAAGAGCCAAAACGAGUUCUUCUGCGGAGAAAAAAGGACGGUUUCUCUACUGAAAAUGUCGUUGAAUCGUCUCCACCGUCAGAUUCAUCUGCGGAAAGUCAACCGACGCUAAGAGGUCGUUCUCACCAUAAAUUCAUUCAGAAAGACUCAAAACAGCCAGCGCAAACAUAUGAAGAACGACAAGCUGCGUAUCAAGCCGCACGAAACCGAAUUCUGGGCACCGAAUACAAACCCGACAAUCAGGAAAUUAAAGAGAUUAAAUUUAUUGAUCGGUCGAAAUCACCGGAAACUCUCAAAAUGACGCAGCAAAAUAUGGUGGAGCACUAUGGCGAAGAACUAAGUCGCGAGUUGAUGCACCCACCCGUACAUGAGACAGAAUGUCCGGAACCUCAAUAUAUUCCUGAUUUCUCGUUUCAGCAACCACCGCCGUUCGUGGUUCAACCAGAUGUGUCAGUGCCUUUCAAUGCUCCGCCAGGAUUUCAACAAAUGCAACCAAACUUUCAACCAGCUCAUCAACAGCAUUUCGAGGCUCAAUAUUACAUACCCAACAAUCAUAUGCCGGUCCAAUACACCAAUCAAGGUCAAAUGCAUCAGUUUAUUUCGCACGACUCAACAUCGAUGCCUUCUAAUCCACAAAAAAACUUUAUGGAAGGUCAAAAUGAGCAGCAUGCUGUUUAUUACUGCCCUCCUAUACAGCAGCAACAAAUGUUCCAGAAUUACAUUCCAAACAACUUACCCAACAUGGCCUAUCCACCGCCCAGCUUUCCACCUCCGAACCAACAAGUGAUAAGCAAUAUGAAUCAACCACAACCUAUCCAAAUGCAUGCAACAUUCGCAAAUGUGCAAAUGGCGAAUCAGUACCAGGGGCAGAGUGGACUGGGCCGUGGAAAGAAUGGGUCAACACGUGGAGGUUCGAAUAAUGGUAGUGCUGGACGUGGACAAAAUCGGCAGCAAAUGACAUACCCAGGCAACACUGGUUCUUCAUCAAAACCUCCUGCUUUGAUGAACACUAUGGUAGACAGGGGGCAAUCUAAUCAUGGUCAGAAUUAUUCUGGAUGGAAUGGAGGGAAUGGGCAGAGACAGUUCCAGCAGCCAGCUCAACAGAAUGGACAAUAUUGUCAUCAAAAUUCCGUUCAAAAUAAUAUGGCUAACGGGAGGAAGCAAAUGAACAAAAAUGGGAAGACUGGACAGACUCCUCAGAACACUAACUUCAAUGUUCCCCAUUCUCGAAUGAAUCAAAAUCCUAUUCCUUUUGGAUGCCCACCUCCUUACGUCAAUGCGAUUCGAGAACAACAUACUGGUAGCUUGCCUCUCAAUACAGGAGCUGGACUCCUGGGACCGCAUCCGAUGAUGGCUGCAACGCAAUGGCCAGCUCUCUCACAGAAAAGGCCUCAGUAG